AAGGUUAAAAUUAUAAUUAAUAAUUGUUAAUUAGUAAUCUGAUGGCGCAAUUGAUAAUGCGGAAUCCGUACAGGUGACGUAAAUGAUUGAAAAAACAUGUAAAAAAACAGACGUAUUUCAGCCUUUUUUGUUUCUACAUCUUUCUUAAAUAAACAUAUUUUUUCUCUUUUUUAAAAUUCAACAAAUGUCUCACUCAUUUGUUAUAAGCCACAAGGGCACCAAACGCGAAUUCGAUAUUGACAACACAACCACACUGGGCCAGCUGCGAGGUCAAAUCCGAGACGUGUUCGGGGUAGACCCAAGCAACCAAAAGCUUUUCCACGGAGGCCUUAUCAACAAUGACCAAGAGACACCAGUAGCCAGCAUAAUUCCUCACAAAAGCCGAGUUGUUUUAAUGGGCACAGUGACCGGUGAGCUCGAGCAUCUACAUGCGCGAGAGGCACUGCGACAAACGGCACAACAGAACCACGAGCGAUACAAGGCGACAUUGUCGGAUAUCUGGCGCACGCCCACAAUGGGCAGUCUGAGCAGAGACAAUAUGCAGCAUACGUUCCAUGCAUUCGAAGCUCUUGAGUUGCCAGAGAAACAGCGGGCGUUGGAUAUCUUGCACAAACUGAGUAAAGAUGAGGGCGUGCGGCAGAUUAUGGUCACUAGGCAGUAUUCCGUCGGCACAUUGCGCGAGCUUCACCCGUUUGAGCGCACCAUUCUCGGGUACAAUAGGAACCGCGGCGAGGUUAUUGCGCUGAGGCUGCGCACGGAUGAUUUGGAGGGCUUUCGCCGGUACGAGAGUGUCAGGGAUGUCCUGAUGCAUGAGCUGGCACAUAUGGUUUGGGACGAGCACGAUGAGCGGUUCCAUAGGCUCAAUAGGGAGCUGUGCAAGGAGGUUGUCGAGCUCAAUUGGCAGCUGCGUGGGCAGAGGGUCGGUGGACAGGCGCCGAGGGUGUACGAGCCGCCGAGGCCGGAGGAUGCUGAGCUUGUGGAUGGCGGGUCGCUUGGGAGCGCUGGCUUUGUGCUGGGCGGCAAGGCACCUAGCCAAGGAGAGGAGGAUGGCCAAAAUAGCAGCCCUGAUAGUCACCGUGACUUGGCGUACAAGGCCUGGGAGAAGCGGUCCCGAAAGAAUUAGGUUUUGUUUUCGGCACAAUCAAUGAACAAAGAGAAAGAUACUU